AUUCGUUCCACGAACUUCCAAUUAUGGUUGGUUAUCAAAAACGGGGAAGAGGUACCGAUGAAGAAAGUCGGAGACAAGUUGAUCCCCAAGACCGAAGACGAGUUUGAUGCCGAGGACAUCAAAAAGGUCGAGAAUUAUGCAAAAGCAAUAAACAUGCUUUAUUGUGCCGUAAAUCCUGAUGACUACCGCAAGAUCUCUUGCUGCUCAACCGCCAAAGAGAUGUGGGAUAAACUUGAGGUGACGUACGAAGGAACGGACCAAGUACGUGAAGCCAAGAUUGACUUCCUCACCCAAGAAUAUGAGAUGUUCAGGAUGAAGGAGCACGAGAAUAUCGAUGAUAUGUUCGACCGUUUUUCCAAGAUAGUCAACGAUCUUCAUGCAUUAAAGAAGACUUACACCGACAGGGAUCUUGUGCGAAAGAUCCUACGGAGCUUGACAUCCGAAUGGCGAUCCAAGGCCGAUGCCAUCUAUGAGUCAAUCGGCACAUCAACUGUCACCAUCGACGGUUUAAGAGGUAAUUUAAAAACUUAUGAAUCUACUAUACUUAACCCGUCUUUGAAUGACCAGAGAAAAGGCAUAGCAUUAAAAGCCUCCAAAGAACCGACAAUGAAUGACUCAAGCGAUGAAGAUGAAGUCAAGCUAAUCAUGAAGAAGUAUUGCAAACUUCUAAAGAAAGAGAAGGUUGAGGAUGGCCCUGUGUGCUAUGGAUGUGGUGAAGCCGGGCACAUCAAGAAUAAAUGCCCAAGAAGCGGAAGGAAUCCUCGUCACUUCAAAAAGCAAAGAGCAUACAUCUCUUGGGGUGGCGACUCCGGCGAUGAGUCAAGCGAACAAGAGGAAGACGAGGAAGCAAACCUUUGUCUCAUAGCUCAAGAAGAAGAGGAGUCCGCCAACAACGAAAACCAAGAGAUGGCAAACAACUACAACACAAACAACCUCGCCCUGCGUUCCAUUCUGGAUAAAGAUAAAUUGAACGGCACAAACUUUGUUGACUGGCAACGCAAUCUCUCCAUUGUUCUCCGCAUGGAUGAGAAAGAGUAUGUGCUCGAAAAGCCCAUUCCUCCUGCCCCUCCCGCUAACGCCCCGAAAGCGGUCAAAGAUGCCUACGAGAAACACGUUAAGGAUGACAAACAGGUUAGCUGUGUCAUGCUGGCUACCAUGAUAACCGAGCUGCAAAAACAGCACGAGGACAUGAAGGCCCACGAGAUGAUCAUGGCCUUGCGGCAGCUAUACCAGGGGCAAUCCAGGAAUGAACGUUUUCUCGUGAGUAAGGCUCUCUUUAGUUGCAAGCUCUCUUCAGGGAACCCGGUCGGUCCGCACGUUCUCAAAAUGAUUGGUUACAUAACCAAUCUAGAGAAACUCGGGUUCUCCUUGCAGAAGGAGCUGGCAACGGACCUGAUCCUGCAGUUGCUCCCUGAGCUGUAUAAGGGUUUUGUCAUGAACUACAUGAUGCAUGAUCUUGACAAACCCCUUCCGGAGCUUCUUAAAAUGCUCCAGACUGCAGAGGAGAACCUUACUAAGGGCAAGGGUGCUUCCGUCCUUAUGGUCCAAGGCGGAAAGAGGAAGCCGAAGAAUGGGAUUAAGAUUAAGGCUAGGACGGUCGGAAAGCCUAAAUCGAAGUCCACUUCAUCUGCAAUGCAGAAACCCGUAGGAGGAGUUGCAAAGGGCAAAUGUCAUCAUUGUGGUAAGGCAGGCCACUGGAGAAGAAACUGCAAGACAUACCUCGCAACCAAGAAGAAGGAAGGUACGACCAUUUCUUCUGAGGUGUAUGUUAUAGAAGUUAACAUGUCUAUAUCUUCAUCAUGGGUACUAGAUACUGGAUGUGGGUCUCAUAUCUGUACUACCAUGCAGGGACAGAAGCAGAGUAGACGGUUAGCUCGAGGCGAGAUUGAACUCCGAGUCGGCAAUGGUGCACCUGUUGCAGCUUUGGCAAUCGGAACUUAUAGUUUAGUCUUGCCUAGUGGUCUAAUGUUGGAAUUAAACGAUUGCUUGUACGUUCCUGCGAUUAGCAGAAACAUUAUUUCUGUUUCAUGUCUUGAUAAGAGUGGUUUCAUCAUUUCUAUUAAAGACAAGUUCCUUUCCGUUUACAAAAAGAAUGUUUUCUAUGCUAAUGCCAACAUGACCAAUGGGUUAUAUGUCCUUGACUUGGACAUGCCUGUCUAUAACAUAUCAGCCAAGAGGAACAAACCAAACGGUUUGAACCAAACAUACCUAUGGCAUUGUAGGUUAGGCCAUAUAAACGAGAAACGCAUAUCCAAGCUACAUCGGUCGCGAAUGCUGGAGUCAUUUGAUCUUGAAUCAUAUGACACAUGCGAAUCUUGUUUAUUGGAUAAGAUGACCAAAUCUCCUUUCACCGGACACGGUGAAAGAGCUGGUGAUCUUCUGGCACUCAUUCAUAGUGAUGUGUGCGGGCUUUUCAAUACAACUGCACGAGAAUCAUUCUGGGGGUAUCCGCUGAGCACUGCAAUAUAUACUCUUAACCGAGUUCCAACCAAGGCGGUUGAAGGAACACCAUACCAGCUAUGGACGGGCAAAUGCCCGGUUCUGUCACACUUAAAGAUUUGGGGCUGUGAGUCUUAUGUCAAACGUCUUAUGACAAAUAGCAAGCUUGACGCCAAGUCUGAUAAGUGUUUCUUUGUGGGAUACCCAAAGGAAACUCGAGGGUAUUCAUUCUAUCACCCUAUCGAUAAGAAGGUAUUCGUUUCUCGCAAUGGUGUCUUCCUCGAGAAGGAAUUUCUCUCCAACGCAACUGGUGGGAGAAAGAUAGACCUCGAAGAAAUUCGAGACGACGAAGAAACUACCGCGCCGGUUCUGGAACAUGAGCUAGAGGAACAAACCGUUGUACCUCAAAAUGCUCAAGAUACACAAGAACCCCGUAGGUCUAACCGGUUACGCACACAACCUGAAAGGUAUGGAUUCCUCCUAACCUUUGAGGGAAACGAUAUUCCUACUUUAACCACCGUCAAAACGUUGUUGAGUAAGAGUUUCUCUAUGAAGGACUUGGGAGAUGCCAGUUAUGCACUUGGCAUAAGGAUCUAUAGGGAUAGAUCACGGAAGCUGUUAGGUCUGAGUCAAAGUACAUACAUAGACAAGGUCCUCGCUAGAUUCAGCAUGUCUGAGUCGAAACGAGGAAGUUUGCCUAUGGUCCAAGGCACGAGUCUUUCCAAGACUCAGGGUGCUUCCACUCCGGAGGAAGUAGAACGCAUGAGAAAUGUUCCUUAUGCGUCGGCCAUUGGAUCCAUCAUGUAUGCGAUGGUAUGUACGAGACCUGAUGUCGCCUUUGCUCUGAGUGUCACGAGUAGAUACCAGUCCAACCCUGGCGAAAGCCAUUGGACGGCUGUGAAGAACAUCCUUAAGGAUAGAUCACGGAAGCUGUUAGGUCUCAGUCAAAGUACAUACAUAGACAAGGUCCUCGCUAGAUUCAGCAUGUCUGAGUCGAAACGAGGAAGUUUGCCUAUGGUCCAAGGCACGAGUCUUUCCAAGACUCAGGGUGCUUCCACUCCGGAGGAAGUAGAACGCAUGAGAAAUGUUCCUUAUGCGUCGGCCAUUGGAUCCAUCAUGUAUGCGAUGGUAUGUACGAGACCUGAUGUCGCCUUUGCUCUGAGUGUCACGAGUAGAUACCAGUCCAACCCUGGAGAAAGCCAUUGGACAGCUGUGAAAAACAUCCUUAAGUACUUUCGUAGGACUAAGGAUGCCUUCCUGGUAUAUGGCGGAAAAGAAGAGCUCAGUAUUGUUGGAUAUACUGAUGCCAGCUUCCAAACUAAUAGAGACGACUUCAAGUCGCAGGCAGGGUAUGUGUUUUGUUUGAAUGGCGGAGCUGUUACCUGGAAGAGUUACAAGCAAGAUACUACCGCUGAUUCCACUACAGAAGCAGAGUAUAUGGCUGCAGCCGAGGCAGCCAAGGAAGGUGUGUGGCUCAAGAAUUUUAUUACUGAGCUUGGAGUGGUUCCUAGCAUCAAGAACCCUAUACCGUUGUUUUGCGACAACAAUGGGGCAAUUGUACAAGCGAAAGAACCUCGGUCUCAUCAGAAGACCAAACACAUCGUUAGACGUUAUCACAUCAUACGAGAAAUCGUUGCACGUGGGGACGUUGAGAUUUGCAAGAUAGGUACAGAUGACAAUAUCGUGGAUCCGUUAACAAAGGCUUUGGGAAAGCCUAAACACGAGAGUCAUACGUGGUCCAUGGGCAUUCGAGAAAUGCUUGAUUGGCCUUAGGGCAAGUGGGAGAUUGUUGUAUUUAGGUGCCCUAGCGGCAAUCAAAUACCUAUGUAACUGUACACUUUAUCAUGAAUGAAAUGCCUUGAAGUAU